AUGAAACAACUAGAAAAAGAAAUAAUAAUAAAUAUGCAAGAAACUAAAAGUCUUGUAUUUGCAAGCCUUAGUGAUAUAACUGCAGAUUUGCUGCAAGGCAAUGAUCUAGCCAGAGUUAAAAGGUAUAGUGCUAUAAGAGGAUAUUAUACUUGCAAUACACCAAAAGACUUAUGGACUUCUGAAG